AAAAAAAAAUAGCAUGUUAUCUAUAUGAGAUAUAACAAAUGUAUAAAUAGAAAUUUAAGUAAGAAGUUAAUUCAUUUGUAACGUAGAAUCCAUAAUCAGAUGAAGAAUCAUGGAAAGCCUAAUACAAAUUCUUGUGUUAUUGAUUUUAUCACUUGCUCAAUCAGAUACCGCUCGGAUUUUGGCUUAUUUUCCUACACCAUCACUUAGUCACCAAGUUGUGUUCAGACCUAUCACACAAGAACUAGCUAGAAGAGGACAUGAAGUGAUUGUGAUAACAACGGAUCCUGCGUUCCCGAAGAACAAAACGCCUACACACCUAACUGAAAUAGACGUUCAUGACAUUUCUUACAAGCCUUGGAAGAAAAUAUUGUUAACAAAUCAAGGAAAACAGCAUACAGUGUCGCAGCACCUAUUGAUGAUUGAAACUUUCGCUGAAAUUUUUGAUGAGCAAAUGCAAUCACCUGAAGUGAGAGAACAUAUUAAUAAGGACAGAAAUUAUUAUGAUUUACUUUUAUUUGAAGCUUGCAAUAGAAUAGUCUUGUCAGUUGGUCAUCAUUUUAAUGCACCUAUUAUUAGUAUAAGUUCAUACGGUGCUUCGUCAUACCUAUACGAUAGUAUGGGCGCGCCAACACAUCCGAUUUUGUACCCUAGCCCCGAACGGCUUAGGUUGUAUAAUUUAACACUUAUAGAAAAAGGCAUAGCUAUCGCAUGGGAAAUAAUAAGUCACGUUUUCUAUUACACAUUAGAGGACAUUUACGCUCCUGUUCUCAGAAAACACUUUGGAAAUGAUGUUCCAAAUUUAAGUAAGUUACAAAAAUCGGUUAAAAUGUUAUUUUUAAAUGAACAUCCUAUAUGGAGUGACAACCAUCCAGUUCCUCCAAACGUUAUUUAUAUGGGAGGAAUUCAUGAAACUCCAAAAAAGCCACUACCCCAGGAUUUAAAAGAAUAUUUAGACACAUCUGCCAAUGGAGUAAUUUACAUCAGUUUUGGAACCAAUGUGCUGCCUUCUGUUCUACCGCCGGAAAAAAUAAAAGUUUUUAGAGAUGUUUUAUCUCAAUUACCUUAUAAUGUGUUAUGGAAAUGGGAUGGAAAUAGUUUGCCAGGACAUUCGAAAAAUAUUAAUAUAUCCAAGUGGUUUCCGCAAGCCGAUUUACUCAGACAUCCAAAUAUAAAACUAUUUAUCACUCAAGGAGGUUUACAAUCAACAGAUGAAGCUAUAAACGCUGAAGUACCUUUGCUUGGUAUUCCUUUUUUCGCAGAUCAAUGGUAUAAUACAGAAAAAUAUGUUUACCAUAAAAUAGGAAUGCAACUAGAUAUCGAAACCCUGAACGAAGAUAAGCUAAAACAAGCAAUUCUCACUCUUGUUGAGAAUGAAAGCUACAAGAGAAAUAUUGGAAAACUUAGGGAACUGAUCGGACAGCAUCCGACAGAGCCUUUGAAUCUAACUGUAUGGUGGAUAGAACAUCUAAUCAAGUACGGAGGAGAUCAUCUCCAAGCACCAGCCGCUGGGUUAUCUUGGAUCGAAUACUACGAAGUCCACUUGUUAUUAAUAAUUUUAAGUAUCUUAUUUGUUAUUUUAGUUAUAGUUAUCUCCACUCUUAAAUUUUUAUUACGUUUCCUCAUGAAAUCUUUACAUAUAAAAAAAGAAAUUAAGAUGAAAAGUAAUUGAUUGAUCCUUUGAAUUAGGUUAGUUAUAUUUUUAAUGUUAUUAAUAAGUGUUAAUAAAUUAAUUUAUCAAAUGAGUGCUAUUUAAGUGUGUAUAUAAUAAAGUGAUAUUUUAGUA